CGUUCACUCGCCGCACCGUUGUGCGCCUCGCUCUUUUCUGCUCGACUAGCUGUAACCAACCAGCCUUAACGCGCGCAGCGGUGUUCGCGUCCAGAGUACUCGCCAAGCGGUUGUCAUUACAUUGGCACCUCCACACCUCCACCUCUCCACACCUCCACAGCCUACAUCUCCUCAAUUCAGCAUCUCACUCAUCUCCAUCAUCUUCCUCAGAAUGUCAACCGACGCCGAGACGCUCGACGCUGUGCGCAAGCGUCUGCUCGAGACAGGCGACUGGGAGCGCAUCGCACGCCUCCUCCGCCAGCGCCUUGAGGAGAGCGGGUUCGAUGACGACCUCAAGGAUCUCGCGAAGGAAAAGGCGCGCAAGGCCGGCGCGCCGAGUCUUGCCCAGCUCGUGGCUGAGGUCACGCCGGAGGCUGAGCGACUCGUCAAAGCCGACCUACGCGAGGCGCUUGUGAGCGAGCUCGAGGCAGUGAUCGAGCGCGAGGUGGAGCGCGUGUGACCACGCCAUAGCUCUUCGCCGCCGGUUCUCGCCCCAGCCCUUGUCUAGCCAUUUGUUGUACAUUGCAUGGACCGAUUGCAUCCUCGUA